AAGAUCGUCUCAUUCCGUUCUAGUGCAGUGAAGUAAAAGUGUAGUUGACGGCUCAGUGAAAAAGUAACCAAGGAGUUUCAAAUAUUGUCUCAAAUAAGAAAAAGCAAAAUGGCAGAGACUGAAACAGCCCCUCAAAUCAAUGGCAUAGAUACUAUUACGGAAGAAGAAGAAUACAACAAAACUCGUCCAGCAGAUAUUGAGGCAGAUAUGCGUGAAAUGGAGCGUCGCAAACGGGUAGAAGGCAUAAUGAAUUCUCGUCUAUUUCGCGAGGAACUUGAGCGAAUCGUAGAUAGCCAAAUGCGCGAUGGCGGAUCGUCUAACAUAUUGCAGCAACUGUCUGACAUCAUGGGAAUGCCUGCUGCUCGCGUAGGCAGUGUCUUCAAGAGUUCCAACUGUGUAGUUCCGAUCAAUGACAUCCGUGGUAUGGAAGCCAUGGGUUACGAAAAAGGAGAAAAAAUUCUUCGUUGCAAACUUGCUGCCGCAUUCAGGCUAGUGGAUCUGUAUGGCUGGUCCCAGGGUAUUAACAGUUUGAUUACCGCUCGUCUGAACGCUGACCAAGAACUGUUCCUGGUCAAUCCGUUCGGUGUUCUCAACCAUGAAAUCACGGCAUCUUCACUGAAUAAAGUGAACAUGCAGGGACAAAUUGUCGAACAAGGGACAACUAACUUUGGCAUUAACACUAGUCAAUUCACAUUGCACUCCGUGAUUCACGCUGCUAGGCCUGACGUUAGAUGUGCAAUAUACGUCGGUUGUAACUCAGUCGUUGCAAUCUCAGCUCUUAAACAAGGAUUGCUUCCACUUACUAAGGAUAGUUCUCUGCUUGGUGAAAUAUCCGUACAUACGUACACAGGAGGUCUGAAUGAACCAGAAGAAAAGGAUAAAUUACUGAGAAGCCUAGGACCUGUCUCGAAGGUUUUGUUGCUGUCGAAUCAUGGUGCGAUUUGUUGUGGUGAAACUGUCGAAGAAGCUUUUUUCGCAGUCACUCACAUAGUGGCCGCCUGCGAAGCACAGCUAAAAUUACUGCCCGUUGGUUUGGAUAAUCUGAUUAUUAUUCCAGAAGAAACACGUAAAGCUAUCUACGAUGCAUCACGAAAACCUCCAGAGGGCCUAACAUUACACGCUGUGGCCGCAGAUAAUAAGGAGCGUCCACAGACACCUAAAUGGAGAGUGGGAGGUGCUGAAUUCGAAGCCCUUAUGCGAAUGUUAGACAACGCCGGUUUCAGAACUGGUUACAUUUACAGAAACCCGUUGGUGAAAAAUGACCUUCCGAAACCGAAGAAUGAUGUCGAGGUACCACCAGCCGUCUCUUCGUUGGGUUAUCUGAUAGAAGAGGAAGAACUCUUUAAACAGGGCAUCUGGAAGAAAGGCGACUUCCGAAAAGGUGGCGACCGCUCCAGAUGGCUAAACUCACCAAAUGUUUAUCAGAAGGUAGAAGUUCUGGAAACCGGUACACCAGACCCGAAGAAAAUUACAAAGUGGAUUGAUGCAAACGUUGAUGAGUGGGUAGCGGAAGUAUCACCAACGCAUUCGUCAACGCCCGUAAAAAUCGAAAGUGCAAUGCAAUUCGUACCCCCAAAUACCAAUCCGAAAGAGUUCAAACGAAUUCAGCAGCAGGUAAGAUGAAACAAAAUUGUUGUACCGUGUA